AUGCCAAUCCUGGUCGCUCAUCUGCUGUGCUUGAUCUCCCAGCAAACCUGGACUGAUAUUCUGGACCAUGUUUUUAUAGCUCAUCUGGCUCAGCUUCAAGAUCGUGCAGCUCCCGGCGAUCCCUCGCACAUCAUUCCAGACUAUGAUACUCUGUGGUGGAUGGGGCACACCACAAUUCCGAAUGAACCUUGGCGAUUGAAUCGGGUCAUGGAGUGUUGUGGAUUCCACUAUGAGCACUGGCUGGGUGGUGUUGAGGAUGAUGGUCUGAUUCUUCCGGAGACAGUGGAUCAAACCUCAAUCCCAUCUCUUAUGGGACUUCGGUGGAUUCAAGAAUGCUUGGUGACAUUGAUCAAAGAGCAGUGGGAGGGCAUCAGAGAUAAGAUGGGUGAGAUACAAAUGUACACUGGUAUCCUCACCCGAUUGCAGCAAGCCAGGGAGAGAGUCACUGAGUCCCACAUAUGGAGUGAGCACCGAGGACCAACCCAUCAGCACUUCUUACCAAGAGCCAAGAGCCAAGGACUCUGGGUCCUGGAUCCUGCUCCUCAGUACUGA